UCAACCAUGGCAGGGUCAGGAUAUACGUUGGUGUUUGCGGCUGUGGCGGUUCUGUGUGCGGAAGCGACCUUACCGCCUACCACGGUUGUCCCUGGUCGUCCCAAUAGUGUGACGCUUGAAAAGUCGGCUCUCUAUUACCUGUGGAAUGAACAAAUGGACUACCAAGGACUUCAACCCGCGGAAAGGGAUACGCGGCCCAUAGGAACUUUGCUGUCUCCUGGCUUUUUCCACGUGGUCAAUCUAGUGCCCCAGGAUGCCCCUCAUCCCCUUUACGUCAAUAGAUACGCUGAACUACGCGCUGCUUUCCUCCGCGACCACAUGCUCCAAGACACUGUAGACCCCAAUGAUUCAAGGAUGAAAUCAACCAACGGCCUGACAGCAAAAACCCUCACUGGCAAAUCCGUUGUCUUCAAAAGGGACAAUAGAGACACAAUCACUGUGAACAACGUCCCUGUUGAAAGCGUGGAAACACUGUCUGACGGGAUAGUAAGCUACACACUGGAUGGUGUCCUGUUUGAUUACGUGCAGCAAGUGGACGACGCUUUUUAUGAGUACCUGAGAGAAUCGCCGUCUUGGGAUGCACAAGCAUAAGGUGCACAAACGUACAUAUACAAGUAUGCACA